ACGCCCGUUCGUCGGGAGGAAACAGCCAGCGGAUGCUGCCUACGUCAGUAUUGAGUCCAUGCUGGCCAUGGUUCUAUUGAUCGCGGAUCUUGCAGGACAUGACCGCGAGCACACUCCUGGGUAGUCGCCUGCCAUAUCUUGAGGCCCAGUUUGUGACGCUGAGAGACUUCGCGCACGCAAGUACUCGUAAAAUAGGUUUUCUAAGAAGAAUGAUAGUAGUUCAGCAUGUGGUACGCCAAUGGCUGGAUCAUCUGAUCAACGUUGUGCACUUGAUUAGCUUCCAAGACAGGAAAAAACAAGUUAACCUGCAAGCAGAUUCUCAAGUCCGGACGCAAAAAGACACAGAAGCUAAGACUUUUACUAACGUGCAUAGUAUAUGGGAACCGAUAGACCUGGAAGGGCUGAUGAAGUGGAGAUGGACAAGCACACGUGAUCUUGCGUGCCAAGACCAGCUGCCUCAGAAAAUCGACCUAGGACUAGGAAGCUUUAAUGUCCCCACCCGCCAGCCUCACAACAUAGCCGCAACGAGAUCGCAUACGUAUUGCGCCCACCGGUCAAAUCCGCCAGUCGCAUUCGAAUAGAAAUACAAACAUAAUCGCAGCCAUGAAGCUCGUCAGGUUCCUCAUGAAAUGCCAGAACGAGACUGUCACA